CUGCUGCCCUCCGGGACAAAUUCACCUCUUCAUCCUCCCAGUGGAUGGCACCACCGCUGACACAGCCUGGACUGUGGACCACACCUCCAGGCCACGGUGUGUGCACUCAGGACGUAUAAAUGAGGCAGCAGAGGGAAGCCGAGGUCCAGCACACUGCAGCAGAUGAAGAUGACAAUGAAGAUGAAGAUGAAGGUGGAGGCUGCCAGGGUGAGCUUGGUGCUUGCAGCCGUGUGGUUUCUCUUGUGGAGCAGCAGCAGUGUGUCUGCUGCUUCCAUGCAGUGUCACUUUGACUCCAGAGGGCUGUGUGAGUUUGAGGGAAGACGCUUCUCUCUGGGAGAAUCCUGGAUGGACGACUCCUGUAUGCAGUGCACCUGUCUGUAUCCUGUGGGAGUCGGCUGCUGCGAGACGGUUCAGCGGCCGGUGGAUUUCCCCGCCUGGUGUCAGGUGCGGGUGGAGCGGGUGUCCUGCACAGUGUCCCUGGUGCAGACGGCCGACCCCCGUCUGCCCUGCCUUCCGGGUGAGGAGCUGAAGGACCCGAGCCACGGCUCAGUUCAUCUGCAGCUGCAGCUCCAGGAUUACGAGCGGGAUUAGCACUGACAACCUUCUACUCUGUCUGUUUGCCCUGUGAAACCAAUACUCACUGCUGCAGUUCUUUACCAGUAACUUCCGUCUGCAUUGUCUGCAUGUUUACGUUUGAAAAUGUUCCUGUUCAAGUGAAUGAGGCUUACAGUCAGAAAGUUCUGAGACAGAUGUUUUCUGAUGUUAAUGACUAGAACCAGUUCAGACUGGUCUCUGUGUCUCCAACAGCUUUGACCAGUUUCAUCAUUAUAUCUUUGUCAAGUGUUGAGCUGUGUGACCUUUGACCUGGUCAGAGUUUUAUUGAACCCUCAAAAUUGAAGCAUUUUCAAAUCAGAGCAAAUCUCUUACAGGGUUUCCACAGUAGUGUUCCUUCAGUGUGAGGACAGUGUUCUUUAGGUUCUGUUCCUCUCUGGGUUUUUAUCCAACCACCUUCACCAUCUCUACAGUCAAAGACGUUCAGCUUCAGUCUCUCAGACCAGAUGAUCUCCUUCAGUCUGUCUCUUCUCCAGCUUCUUCUCAGCAGACUUCAGUCUGAUCUUUAGGAGUUGAACCCCCAGUCCCAGUUCUUAGCUGGACUUGAGUGUUUUAUUUUGAUUUCUUUUACAUUUCAUUCUCCUAAAGGUAAGAUGGAUUUCAAGUCAAAACUUUGUUUUUGCUCUGAUGUUUUCACCAUGAACUCCUCACAGAUUAAGGACAAACUUUAGUUCCAACUUCCAUUCAACCAAGGGAUGACUCACUGUCCACACAGAUCACGUGAAGCUGAACAGUUGUCUAUAAUUCUAUUGAACAUGAGUCCCUUAGCUGAAGCUAGUCUAUUAACAAAUGCUAUGUUUUAAAGGCUACAUUCUAACAUUUAAGAUGAUAACUAACCUGUAAUUUUGUUCUCAGCUGAAGUAGAACUGCAACAUUUUCUUAAAAAAACCCCCAGAUGACUGCAACAUUAACGUGUAUACUCUCAUCUUUACUGCGAUCACUGCAGUCCCUGUACAUGCAACCAUGUACAACAUUUAUGUGACGUACAUUAUUAUAUUAACAAUCUACUGACUCUGACCUGUUCUCUGUUGUCGCUCAUUCAACCUAAAAUAAACUCCUGACACAGAAAUGCUGUUGUUAUGAAGACAUUACAACAAAUGUCACCAAGCUUUAAUUCACUCCUCACUUCUCUGACAGUAUUUACAUUUGAGGCCUAAAGAGGACAGUUACACGUAAAAAAAGUAAAAAAUAAAAUAAAAACAAACAACAGUUAACAAUAAAAGAAUAAGAAAUAUAAAAACAA